CACUUUUAGGAGCGUUUAAUGCGUAGUCAUGCACGGCGACCUCACCGUCCAUUGACAAACAUGGAGCCGGAGAGCGCCUUCAUCCCGCAGCUAGUGGAGAAAUGGCCUUGGCGUGGCUUUAGCCAUGCCAGCCUGUCAUCUCCCACUAGCUCCACGGGGCCUGAGGCCAAAAAAAAUACACACACCUCCGUUAUUCCCCCGAGUGAAGGUGCACAGAUUUCUGAUGAAGAAUUGCAGAAACUUUUCACAGAUACAUUUUGCAAUGUAUGUGGAGCUGUACUUCAGUUUGAAUCUCAACGGAUAUCCCAUUAUGAGGGUAAAAAACAUGCCCAGAAGGUGAAACAGUAUUUUCAGACACGAAAACGUGAACUAGAAACUGAUGCAAAGAAAUGUGAAUCAAAAAAUUUCCAGAAUUAUGAAAAUGUGGAUAAGAAUCGUUUCUGCAGUCUCUGUAACAUGGUGUUCAGUUCUGUUGUUGUGGCUCAGUCACACUACUCGGGGAAGAUUCAUGCCAAGAAAUUGAGAAAACAAGGUUCUACGCAGUCUUCUGCUAGUUCGGCCACAUUGACUGCUAUUCCUCACGAAGCUGGUGCAGACAACAAGGAUGUGCAACUAAUUCAAGGAGUCUCAGAAACGUCUGUUGAGGUAAGUAAGCCUGUCUUUUUCAUUGAUGUUUGCUUAUGUACUGAUUUUGGCCAUUUAUAUAUUCUUAUAGGAAACAAUGUACUGUCAGAGAUCAUUUCUAUAUCCAUCCCCGAUUCACCUGCCACACCUAUACCAGAGGCCCCAAAGGAAGACAUUGUUAGUAGUCCACAAGAGCCCAAGAUGGAGCCUGUGGUUUCUUCAGUAGACUUUAAUGACUGCAAUAAGUAUUGUGAACUUUGCUCAGCAUCCUUCUAUAACCCCACAAUGGCUCAGCAGCAUUACAGUGGAAAGAAGCACUCUCGUAAUGCAAAACGACAAAAACUUCUAAAAGAUAUGGGUGAAAAGACAGUUCCUUCUGAGUCGGAGACAAACACUGUUGGAGUUGGGAUUUUCCCUUGUCCAAUUUGCAGUAUUACUCUGAACUCCAUAGAAGUGUACCAGUCACAUAUGCAAGGAAAUAAACAUCAACUCAAGGAAUCCAAGGUUUCUAACCUGAUUAAAGAUUCAAAAAGGAAGGUGUAUGUUUCUUUUCAGGAAGAACUGUCUGACUAUGUCCAGGUUCAGAAAGCUAGAGGGCUAUCACCUAAGUAUGUUACAAAAGGAAAUGAGAAAGAUGAAACAGAGGAGUAUGACGAAGAAUGUGACAAAAUUAUCACAAGUGAUUGCUCAUAUUCCAGUUUCUCUCCUUCGGGUUUGUUCCAUGGAGGAAAUGGCAACAAAAAAUGGCAUAAGUUGAAAGUUAACCACCGGUGUAAAAAUGAGAGAUCUCUGGAUACAGUAAAUUUUGGUUUUUUACCUCAGAACAUAAGACAUGGUCCUUGCAAAAGCAGAGAUGCAUUUGUUUUCUCUCCUAGAAACACACUUUCUACACAGCCUGGUUUUCAGGAUAAAUAUUUUGCCUCACCAGUACCUCCAUCAGCUCAGGAAAAACUAGCUCAGACUGGGGAGAGUGUGGAGGCAACUCUUAUUAAAUGUUCUAGAUUUGAACAUCAGAAUGUCUAUGACCCUUCUGCUGAGUCAUUGGUAACUAUUGACCCAUACUUCAGAAGAGACUCUUUAAAUAAACCAGCUACAUAUUUCAUGACUAACAUAUACUCCUCUACUCAAGAAAAUAUUGUUCCAUCACAGCCUUCACUUGGAAUAAAACCACCAAGAGAUUUGAGUAAAGUGAAUGAUGGUUUUAGCCUGUCACAGUUUUUACAAAGUGCAAAAUUUCUUUCCACCAGGGAAUCUAAUGGUAGUUGUCAAGGCAGUAGUUCAGAUGCCAAUGACAGUAGCUAUUAUGAUCAGGGAAGGAGACCAAAAAGAGAUUUCCCAGAGAACUCAAAGUCUGAGAAUGAUUCUGAUACAGAAGAAAAGACACCACGAAAAAAACAUAAGCACAAUCACUCUGAUUCAAAGAGAGGAUGUGAAGUGAAUGGGCAGAAGAGAGACAAAUCUAAGCACAGGAAGGAGAAAGAAAGCAGGUCAAAGCACAGGAAGGAUAAAAAAAAGAAAGAAGAGACGGAUAGCCGAACAGAGGAGGAAAAACUUUGGGAUGAAUCAAUUAUAGGGCUGUAAUCAAAGAGUUGCUAUUCUUAUUUAUUUAACAUAACUACUGUUAUUGUAUGACUCAGGUGAAAAACUUGUAUUCUAAGUGUGUGCCUGUGAUAGCUAGUCCUUCGGUUCAGUGGACAGGUAAUAAUAUUGUAUGCUGUCUGUGUAAUCAUGAAACCCUCUUAAAAAUAAUUGGUAAGCAUAAUGAAAAACUGUUUUUUUCAUGUUUUCUUUUCAUUUGUAUUUAAACAUGAAAGUUUUUAAAUCCAUGCAGCAAACAUUGAGUUUUUUCUUAUAAUAUAAAAGUAUGUAUUUUCAAAACAAGUAAUGUUUGAGGUGUCUUAUAGGUUAAAUUAGUAAAACUGCAACACUACUCAGAAAAUUUAAAAGAAAACAGUAUGUAUAUAUCAGUGUUAGACAACAACAGUGUUCUUAUGAUUAACAACAAGUUCUGCUUCUUAGGUGAUACAGUAUGUUGAAUGUGUAUCUUUAUGCAGGCUUAACAAGCAUCGAGGCAGCUCUCUUUAAGGAAUUACAAACAUAAUCAAUAAAAGACCAACAUGAAGCAAUGUUAGAAAGGUUUGUGAUGAGCAAGGCCAUGUGGUUUUGAAUAAAUUUACUAAAUGUAAGGAAUUCAAAUGUAAAAUUAUACAAAAAGCCCUGUGAGGAUGAAUUAGCUGUGGGUUGGAGACAUAGGAGGAAGGAUGAUGAAUACCUGGGAAAAGUAGUGUGCUGUUGUGGUGGUGAAUGGAAUUGGUUGCUGAGGGAGGAAGAAGAGUAGUAGUAAAUGGAUUCAUGAGUUAGAAGUCUCCAUAAAUAGAUUUUUGUUGCUAAAAAAUUACAUUAGUUCUGUAUGGCAUCAUGGGUGUCUUCAGGAACAUGACAGUUGAAGACAGUGUAUUUGGGGGCAACCAGCCACCUUUUGAAAAAAUAGUGAUUGUUAAAUCCGUUGUCUAUAUAUCCAGAGUGUGCUUAUGUAUGUGUGUUUGUGUAAUAUAUAUAUAAAAAGGAAGGGUUCUCAAAUUAGGUCCUGUAGGGCCACAGCUAUUGGAUACUGUUGUUCCAAUCCAGUAUUUUAAUUAGAAGCCAGUUAUUUCUUGCUGCUGAAGCAGUUACUGCUUAAGCAACAUUUUUGUGCUUUAUGGUAGGUAAGUUGCUUGUUAAGGGUCCUGAUAACCACCUCUGGGAUUGUUUGCUAAUCUGUCUUCUUGGAACUCUGACACAAUUACUGAUAUAUUUAGUCCCAUUUUUGGCAGGGCCUCUGGGGUUGUGCUCACUUGAACAUCUUUUUCCUUUUGUGUCUUCAGCUCAUCUUCAUCUUUGUCAUUACUUUUUUUCUGAAAGUCUUUGAAAAGGAAUGUGUCAAGGCAGGUUCUGUACAUCUCAUAUUCUUGGUUAUCAGCCUGAUGUCAACACUCAAACUUCACUAUAAGAUUGAAUUGGCUUGGGCACUAUUUUCAGAGUGUCACUCUGUCCAUAUAUUAAAGUUGCAAUCCUGUCUCAUGCAUGCACUUCACCCUGUCACUCUUGCUAUUUAUUUUACCAGUCUGUAAUAGAGUCAAUUUAAAUUUUGGUUCCACAAACUUCAGCUAGGCUGUACCAACCAAAAAUCCAUAAUUACCCCUAUUCCUAAAUGUAGGAUCACUUAUUAAUCUUGGAUACAGCGUGUUGUGGAAGUAUUCAUCCCCUGAGGUGUUUGCCCUGCUUUUUCUCAUUACAAUCUGGAAUUAAAAUGACUUUUCAUUUGGAUUUUAUGUAAUGAACUUAACAAUAUAUUUCAAAUUGUAGAAGUGGAAUGAAAAUAAAAUACCUUGUGUAUAUUAAAAAACAAGUAAAAACUGAAAAGUUGUGAGAGCAUAUGUAUUUAUCCCCUUUGCUAUGAAACCCCUAAAAUUGAUCUGGUUCAACCAAUUAACUUCAGAAGUCAUAUAAUUAGUUUAUUGGGGACUACCUGUGUGCAAUCAAAGUGUCACAUGAUCUGUCACAUAAUGUCUAUAUAAACAGACCUGUUCUGAAAGGCUCCUGAUUCUGCAGCACCACAAAUUAAGUAACAUGAAGACCAAGAACCACUUCAAACAGGUCAGAAGCAAAGUUGUGGAAAAGUAUGGAUGAGGUUUGGGUUAUAAAAAAAAUCCAUAAUUUUAAUAUCCCACCGAGCACCAAUAAAUCCAUUACAAUAAAAUGGAAAGAAAAUGGCACCACUGCAAACCUGAUAAAGAGAAGGCUGUCCACCAAAAAUAUCAGACCAGACAA